GAGACUGCAGGUCAGUAUAGGUUUUUUGCUAUACACUUUUUAGACCUCUUCAGCUUCACCGGACUUUUUCGCUUCGUCACCAGCUUUUGGCCUGGUCCCUUUCUUGUAACCUGUCUAUCUUCCCACCCUCUACCCUCCGACAAAAUGCACUUCUCUGCGAGAUCCCUCGUCGCCAUCCUCCUGGCGGCAAGCGCCUGCGAUGCCGCUAACGGCGACCCCGCGCUCGGCGGUAACUCAACGGCUGCGGGACAGGUCAGCAAUGGGCAGCAGCAAGUGGGCGCCGCGGUGGGAGGCGUUGCCGACCAGUCUGGCGCGAACGCCGUUGGCAACGCGGUCGGCGUGGGAGCUGCCGCCAAUCCGAAUGGUGUCAACACGAAUGCUGCCAACCAGGGUGCUGUCGGCGCGAAUGCUGCCAACCAGGGUGUCGCAGGCGCGAAUGCUGUCAACCAGGGUGUCGCCGGCGCGAAUGCUGUCAACCAGGGUGUCGCCGGCGCGAAUGCUGUCAACCAGGGUGUCGCCGGCGCGAAUGCUGUCAAUGCGAAUGCGGAAGUUGGGACAGCCGCGGCGGUAGCCGCUGCCACCGAGGCAGCAGCAGCAGGUCCUGGAUCUCUACUACCUCUGCCUGGUUUCCAGGCCCAAACUGCCGGGGAGCUGAAGCCGCUGCCUAACCUCGGAACAGUGAACACUGUAGCCUCGGCCGUCCAGCCCGCCCUCACGGCCCUGCCGAACCUCGGCGGUGGUGUUGCCUCUUCCGCACAAGCGCUCCAACCACUCCCCGGCCUGUCCACUGUGCAGGCUAUCUCGUCUGUUGCGGCCCUUCCCCCUGUCGCACUCCCACCUGUUGGGGGUCUCUCAACCGUGGCAGCUCCCGCACCCGUAGCUUCCACAGCUGCGGUCGCUGGGUCCUUCAAUGUUAUCCCUGCUUCAAGCAGUGUGGCAGAAGUGGCUGGCGAAAACCCCGCAACAGCAUCUGCGGCAACCACUUUGGCAUCCUUUGCAACCAUUGCUCCAGAGGCAUCGGCAUCUCUUGCACCCCUUGCACCCCUUGCACCACUUUCUCCUGUCGAGUCGGCACCCCUCGCCAGCCUUGCGCCCAUAAGCGGAGCAACGGCCGUGCCUGGAGGUUUAGAGCCAAUCGCAACCCCAACUGCCGGGGCUGAUUCUGGGGUCCAGUUGCUGCCGCUGCCAGGGGUGUCCUCUUCCACUGCAGGCGGCCUUUCGAUAGCCACGGCCCCGGCACCCGGCACGGAAGCAUCUCAGCCAGCUUUCCCCUUCAACAACGGCACGGCCGGUCAGCCUGGUGGGCUCGGUGGCGGUGCUCAGCUUGCCGGGACCGGAGUCGCCCCCCAGGCAACUGCCGGCCUCAUUCCUAUUGGCUCUGCCAGCAUCGGCGGCGUCGGCGCUGCCGCUGGCACUCUCGCCCCGCUCCCCGGUCUCAACGGGGCUAACGAGGGAGGCGCUGGGACUGGAGGUGCCGGCGAGGGAGGCUCGGUCUCCCUCAACCCGCUGCCCGGUAGCGCGGGGACCGGCGUAGGGAGCCUUGCGCCCCUCCCGAUCGAGACGUCGACCAAUGUUAGAGGCGGAUCUGGCGCAGCUGGCACGCUGCCUUCCACCACGGCAUCCACUGGCGGCGUCACCCUGACGGAGGGCGGCAGCACCGCUACGGCCUCGGCAGGUGGCACAACUAACGGCAAUUCCACCCUAAACGCUAGCAACGCUGCAGGACCGGCGAUGGAUGCCUCGCUGGCCAUUGUCGGCGGUGCCCUUGGCCUGUUUGCCAUGCUCAUGUUGUAAGAAGCGAGGAAGCAAGUGGACAGGCCCCGGGCGGAUUUGCCCGACCGAUGACCUCGACUUACGCUGAGCCUCGUGGUCGAUCGGGUCGGAUGGAGGCGGCCAUGUUG